UUGCUGAAAAAGUUUCCGAAACUGGUGAAAACAGAUUAAGAUCAGUCGUCAUGAUUAAAAUGGGCUCUGAAGAUGAAACAAAGUCUUACAUAAAUAGCAAAGAUGACAACAACGGUGUAGCAUAUCGGGAUUAUGGAUCUGAAGGCAAAUGCAGUGGGGACAAGAAGAAACCUGAGAAACUGAAUAUGGUCAGUCCGUUAACAGUGUUUCGCUACUCUGACUGGCUGGAUAAGUCCCUCAUGGGGCUGGGCACUACCAUGGCCAUACUCCACGGAGCAGGCCUUCCCCUCAUGAUGGUCGUCUUUGGCGACAUGACAGACAGCUUUAUUGCUUCAGAAAACAUUACUUUCCCAGUGAAUUUUUCCUUACCAAACAAUAUAUCAAUGAAUCUUUCAAUAAAAAAUGUUUAUUACAAUCUAAUGGGGAAGUUGGAGGAAGAAAUGACCAGAUAUGCAUAUUAUUAUUCUGGAAUAGGAGCUGGUGUUCUUUUCGCUGCCUACAUUCAAGUUUCAUUUUGGACACUAGCCGCUGGCCGGCAAAUAAAGAAAAUUAGACAAGAAUUUUUCCACGCUGUAAUGAGACAGGAGAUUGGAUGGUUUGAUGUAAAUGAUGUGGGGGAGCUCAAUACUAGACUUGUAGAUGACAUAUCCAAGAUUAAUGAAGGAAUAGGGGAAAAAAUUGCAAUGUUCUUUCAGGCAAUAGCUACGUUUUUCACUGGAUUUAUAGUUGGUUUUACAAAAGGGUGGAAAUUAACGCUUGUGAUCCUGGCAAUCAGCCCUGUUCUGGGACUCUCRUCAGCUCUCUGGGCAAAGAUCAUUUCUGCAUUCACCAACAAAGAACUAUCUGCAUACGCAAAGGCAGGAGCUGUUGCAGAGGAAGUUCUGGCAGCAAUUCGAACUGUGGUGGCAUUUGGGGGACAGAAAAAGGAAAUUGAAAGAUAUCAAAAAAAUUUAGAAGAUGCCAAACGCAUUGGAAUAAAAAAAGCAAUUUCAGCCAAUAUUUCUAUGGGUAUUGCUUUCUUUUUGAUAUAUGCAUCAUAUGCAUUGGCCUUCUGGUAUGGAACCACUUUGAUACUAUCUCAUGAAUAUACACUGGGAAAAGUCUUUACAGUUUUUUUUUCCAUAUUAGUUGGAGCUUUCAGUGUUGGACAGACUGCUCCAAGCAUGGAGGCAUUUGCUAAUGCAAGAGGAGCUGCCUAUGCGAUCUUCAGUAUCAUAGACAAUGAACCUCAAAUUGACAGUUCUUCAGACACUGGCUAUAAACCAGACCACGUCAAAGGGAAUUUGGAGUUCCACAAUGUUUACUUCAAUUAUCCAGCCAGGCCAGAUAUUAAGGUACUGAAAGGCUUGAAUCUCAAGGUUAACUGUGGCCAGACAGUAGCCCUCGUUGGUGGCAGUGGCUGUGGGAAAAGUACAACUGUUCAGCUCAUCCAGAGAUUUUAUGACCCCAAGGAAGGCAUGGUUACCAUUGAUGGGCAGGAUAUCAGGAGCCUCAACGUCCGAUAUCUGCGGGAGAUUAUUGGCGUGGUGAAUCAGGAGCCCGUGCUGUUUGCUACUACUAUUGCAGAAAACAUUCGCUAUGGCCGUGAGAACGUCACCAUGGAAGAGAUCAAAAAAGCUACCAAGGAAGCCAAUGCCUACGACUUCAUCAUGAAGCUGCCCAAUAAGUUUGAAACCCUGGUUGGAGAAAGAGGGGCCCAGCUGAGCGGAGGCCAGAAGCAGAGGAUAGCGAUUGCCCGUGCUCUGGUUCGCAACCCCAAAAUCCUCCUGCUCGAUGAGGCCACCUCAGCCUUGGAUACUGAAAGUGAAUCCGUUGUGCAGGCAGCACUGGACAAGGUGAGGAAAGGACGCACCACACUUGUCAUUGCUCAUCGUUUGUCAACGGUUCGAAAUGCGGAUCUUAUAGCUGCCUUCGAAAAUGGUGUCAUCAGAGAGCAAGGAACACAUAAUGAAUUAAUAGAACAGAAAGGAGUUUAUUACAAACUGGUUAAUAUGCAGACAUCAGGAACAGAUGACCAGUUAGAGGAAGAAGAAAAUGCACUAGAUAUCUCAGAAAUGGCACUGAAAGGGUCACUACUAGUGGGACAGAAAAGACAGUCAACUCGGAAAAGCAUGAAGAGGUUCAGAAUACAGAGUGAUGAACUUGAUGUAAAAGCUAUCCAGCUUGAUAAUGAUGUGCCUCCAGCUUCCUUUUUUAAAAUUAUGAAGUUGAAUAAAACUGAAUGGCCUUACUUUGUUCUUGGAACUUUAUGUGCAAUUGUCAAUGGAGCCUUACAACCUGUAUUUUCAGUCAUAAUAUCAGAUGUUAUAGGGAUGUUUGUAGAAAAAGGAGAAAUUGCUAUCAGGAGGACAAAUAACAUGUAUUCACUGCUGUUUUUAGGUUUUGGAAUUAUUUCUUUUUUCACUUUUUUUCUUCAGGGUUUCACAUUUGAUAAAGCUGGMGAAAUCCUUACAACGAGGCUUCGCUCCAUGGCAUUUAGAGCAAUUCUUAGACAGGAAAUCAGCUGGUUUGAUGAUCCUAAAAAUAGCACUGGAGCAUUAGUUACAAGACUUGCUAAUGAUGCCUCACAAGUGAAAGGAGCUACAGGUUCAAGACUGGCCUUAAUUGCCCAAAAUGUAGCUAACCUUGGGACUGGAAUAGUUUUGUCUUUGAUCUAUGGCUGGCAGCUGACUCUCCUGCUUUUAGCUGUUGGGCCAAUUAUUGCUGUAACCGGAAUGAUUCAAAUGAAGAUGCUUGCUGGACAUGCAAAGAAAGAUAAGAGAGAACUGGAAAUUGCUGGAAAGAUUGCCUCUGAAGCCAUAGAAAAUAUUCGAACRGUUGUUACUUUGACUCAAGAAAGAAAAUUUGAGUUUAUGUAUGGACAAAAUUUGCAGGCACCGUACAGAAAUUCUGUAAAGAAGGCACAUGUCUUUGGAUUUACUUUCGCCUUUACGCAAGCUAUAAUGUACUUUACUUACGCUGGGUGUUUUCGGUUUGGUGCCUACCUCGUGAGGAAUGGGCAUAUGCAGUUUAAAGAUGUGCUUUUAGUUUUUUCCGCUAUCGUGUUCGGGGCAAUGGCGCUGGGCCAGAGCACCUCUUUCACUCCAGACUACGCCAAGGCCAGGAUGUCGGCGGCCCACUUGUUCAGGCUCUUUGAAAGAACACCCUCCAUAGACAGCUACAGCGAGCAAGGAGAAAARCCUAAAAUAUUUGGUGGCAACAUAACCUUCAAAGAUGUGGCAUUUAACUACCCAACCCGACCGGAGGUCAAAGUGCUCCAAGGUUUGGAUAUUAAAGUAGAAAAAGGACAAACUCUGGCCCUUGUUGGUAGCAGUGGCUGUGGAAAGAGCACGGUUAUUCAACUGCUUGAGAGGUUUUAUGAUCCUCUCAGUGGAGAAAUGCUCCUAGAUGGUCAGAAUGCAAAGACAYUAAACAUCCAGUGGCUGAGAUCGCAGAUUGGUAUCGUCUCUCAAGAACCGGUCCUGUUUGACUGCUCUAUUGCUGAAAAUAUUGCGUAUGGCGAUAACAGCCGGGAGGUGCCGCAUGAGGAAAUUGUCAGUGCAGCCAAAGAAGCCAAUAUUCAUUCCUUCAUUGAAUCACUACCAAAGAAAUAUAACACUUGUGUGGGAGACAAGGGAAUGCAGCUCUCUGGUGGUCAGAAGCAGCGUAUUGCCAUUGCCCGCGCUCUGGUUCGGCAGCCCCGAAUUCUCCUCUUGGAUGAAGCUACCUCUGCACUGGAUACAGAAAGUGAGAAGGUUGUGCAGGAGGCCCUGGACAGAGCCCGCGAAGGCCGCACCUGCAUCGUGAUCGCUCACCGCCUCUCCACCAUCCAGAACGCCGACAAGAUCGCCGUGGUCCAGAACGGCAAGGUUGUAGAGCAAGGGACUCAYCAACAACUCUUAGCCGAGAAAGGCAUCUACCAUUUUCUGGUCAAUGUUCAAUCAGGGACAUACAAUGUCUGAUUAACAGGCAGUACCUGUUGCUGAAAUGCAUCUGUAUACUUGGUUCGGUAUUUUGAAUGAGRCACUAUUAAGGAUGUUUCAGUACUUCUGGUUUUGGUAAAAUUCUGUAAAUAGUUUCCUUAAAUCUUGUAACUAAUAAAGGAAAUGCACCUCA